GUUAUAUCGACGCUAAACGUAUCCUUCCCCCAACAGAUAAUCGUACCCUAUAAAACCUCCUCUCAAAUCCCUAACUUCUUCUCCUACAAUCACUCUCUUCAUUUUCUUGAGAAUCAUCAAAGCAAAUUUCAAAUUCGUUUUCGAGAAUUUAAAAGAGGAAACUUUCUUCUUUCGUUUCUUCGUCUUAGCUCAUGGGUACUUCUCAGAGUCGCGAAGAUCGGAUCUCCGAUUCCGAUACGGAAUCCGAUUCGGACUACUACGAAGAAGAAGACGAUGAUCAGAAGCAAGGAUCUUCAUCCGCUUCUGGUUCGAAACCCUCUUCUGAUUCAACAUCGACUCACGAAAUCGAGCAGAAGCUUAACGCCUUGAAGCUGAAAUACCCAUCAUCAUCAUCCCCAACCCCCAAGAUCAAAAACGCGGUGAAGCUUUACCGCCACAUCGGUGGAAACACGCCCAAGGCGAAAUGGAUCACCGCUGAGAAACUCACAUCCUACAAAUUCGUCAAAACGUCGUCGUUAGAAGGAGAGGAUAUUAACGAUUACGACGACGGUGAAGAGUCAAACGAGAAAGGUGAGUCCUUUUGGUUUCUCGGCGUUGGUGGUUCCAAGGUCAAAGCUAGGGUUUCGAGUGAUAUGCAGUUGAAGAUGUUUGCGGAUCAACGCAGAGUUGAUUUCGUGAGUAACGGUGUCUGGGCUUUGAAGUUCUUGACGGAUGAGGAUUACAGGAGGUUCGUUACUAGGUUCCAAGACUAUCUGUUUGAGAAUGUGUUUAUGGUUAAAGCCUCUGAGGAGAGUAAGAUGAAAGUUUACGGGAAAGAUUUCAUCGGGUGGGCUAACCCUGAAGCUGCUGAUGAUUCCAUGUGGGAGGAUGCUGAAGGUCCACCUGAGGAGGAGGAAGAGGUUGAUGAGAAAGAUAGGGACUUGACGGAGGAGUUUGAAGAGGUGGCUAACGGUGGAGUCCAGAGUUUAGCUUUAGGUGCGUUGGAGAAUUCGUUUCUUGUGAAUGAUUCAGGUGUUCAGGUUUAUAGGAACAUGGACCGUGGGAUUCACGGGAAAGGUGUGUGCGUUAGGUUUGAUGGUGGAAGAGCUGGUUCGUCGAGCCAGACGACGACGCCGAACAAGGCGCUUUUGAUGAGGGCGGAGACUAAUAUGAUGCUGAUGAGUCCUGCUAAGCAAGGGAAGCUGAACACGAGCGGUGUUAAGCAGCUUGAUAUUGAGUCGGGGAAGAUUGUUACUGAAUGGAAGUUUGAGAAAGACGGGACUGAGAUCACUAUGAGAGACAUAACGAAUGAUACUAAAGGCUCGCAGCUAGAUCCUUCAGAGUCUACGUUUUUGGGGUUGGAUGAUAAUAGGUUGUGUCAGUGGGACAUGAGGGACAAGAGAGGUAUAGUGCAGAACAUCGACUCGCCCGUCUUGGAGUGGACUCAAGGGCAUCAGUUUUCUAGAGGGACUAACUUCCAGUGCUUUGCUAGUACUGGAGAUGGGUCGAUCGUUGUGGGAUCGCGUGAUGGGAAGAUAAGGCUGUACUCGAAGACAUCAAUGAGAAUGGCGAAGACUGCUUUCCCAGGGCUUGGUUCGCCGGUGACACAUGUGGACGUGUCUUAUGAUGGGAAAUGGAUCUUGGGGACGACGGAUACGUACUUGGUUCUUAUAUGCACCCUUUUCACUGACAAAGAUGGUCGGACCAAAACAGGUUUUAGCGGAAGGAUGGGGAACAAGAUACCAGCGCCUAGGCUGCUGAAGCUAACACCAUUAGAUUCACACUUGGCAGGAAAAGAUAAUAAGUUUCACGGCGCGCACUUCUCAUGGGUAACUGAGAGCGGGAAGCAAGAGAGGCACAUCGUAGCAACAGUGGGGAAGUUCAGUGUGAUAUGGGACUUGGAACGGGUGAAGAACAGUGCGCACGAGUGCUAUAGGAACCAGCAAGGGCUCAAGAGCUGUUACUGCUACAAGAUCUUGUUGAAGGAUGAGUCAAUCGUUGAGAGCCGUUUCAUGCACGAUAGAUUCUCUUUCUCUGGUAACAAAUCUCCAGAAGCUCCACUUGUGGUUGCCACUCCUCAGAAAGUCAGCUCCAUUAGCCUCUCUGGGAGACGAUUGUGAUAAACACGUUUAGUAUCUGAAACUUUUUUCAUGUUGGUUUUGUAAUGAAAUUUGCUUGUGUAUCGUUUGAUUGGUUUUCUUGUGUUUGUGUGAAGAAGGUUUGUGUUGAAUGACAUUUGGCUUUCCUCAAAUAUUUUUUCUUGAAACAGCUUUGUAUUGUGUUUGAAUCAAAUUGGGUUUGACUUUGGUUUCU